CCCUCCCCUCGUCUCUCUUAUCAGUCUCAGCCCAGAAACAGCAGUCCCUUUCCCCUUCUUCCUACGCCUCCAGCCCAUCUAGCUCGCUCGGAUUACGGCCGUCGUUCCAGAGGUGAGCGGCAUGGCGGGGGCGGGGGCGGAGGAGGCGGUGGUGGGCGAGAGCUUCGAGUUCGCCUUUGACAAGGAGGCCUUCUCCGACAAGAAGCUGCGGGUCGAGGUCGUCGGCAGCGACGACGCCGCCAGCCGCAAGCGCCGCCGCGAGGACGACAAAAGCGAUGAAGGAGAAUGUGUCGAUUCUUCUUCUAUAGUGAUGGCUGCACCAAUUUUACGAGUCACUACCAUGCAUAUCAAUUCGGCGAUUCUUGCUGCAAAAAGUCCUUUCUUUUUCAAGCUUUUCUCAAACGGCAUGAAAGAGUCUGACAAGGGACAGGCAACACUUCGAAUCGCUGAUUCAGAGGAAAAUGCCUUCAUGGAGCUUUUGUACUUUAUGUAUAGUGGAAAGUUGACUCCAACAACUGAGCCCACUCAUCUGGUUGAUAUCUUGAUGGCCGCUGACAAAUUUGAGGUCGUUUCUUGCAUUAAGCUUUGCGGUCAGUUGCUCACAAGCUUGCCUAUGACCCCAGAAUCUGCAGUGCUGUGCCUAGAUCUACCAUAUUCCAUUUCAAUGGCACCUGCCCUGGCAGAGGCAGCCAAGAAAUUCUUUGCUGAAAGAUACAAGGAUUUCUUGUCAACAAAGUUACAAGACGAACUGAUGAGGAUCCCUCUUGCAGGGAUCGUAGCCAUCUUAUCAAGGAAUGACCUCGGGGUUUUACCUGAAGAAGCCGUCUAUGACUUUGUGCUCAGGUGGGCUGAUUCGCAGUACCCAAAUCCAGAAGAAAGACGCAAGAUCUUGAGUUCACAGUUACUUCCACUAGUACCACUAGUGCGAAGUAGUGUCAGAACCAUUGUACUUGAUUAGCCGUCUUGUAUAAUCAACUUCAGUCUAGAGUUGAUUAUCUUGUAGUGAUAGACCCUGUAGGGCUGUAGGCUGGUGAGAUACAUAGUACUGGUUAAGGGUAGUUGUGUGUGAUUCGUGUAUCCUGCUGUCGCCGGUUAAGGACUGUUAUGUUUGCUUGUUUGUCCUGCUAUGCAGCAAAGUCGCUGGACUGUUGACGUCUUUGUCGGAAGUUGGCUGACGUAUUACUGAUUACCUCUGUAAA